GGUUAAAAUGUAAUUGUUGAAUGGCCUCUAGAUAGCCUUAUGCAUUUCGUCCCCUUGACUUCACUCUUUUGACGCAUGCCGUUCCCACUUCGUCACCGAGGAGUCAUCCACUUUACUCCAACUAGGCUUAUUAAUCCUUCUUCAUAAUGCAUGAUCGCCGUCAGUGGGGAAAUCCCAUGUCCUGAAUAUUUCAACAUAAAUAGUACAUCUGUAAAGCAAAUGGAAGACAAGACACUUAUUGUUAGCCGUGGUGAUAACGAAGGUAUAGGCUAUUACAACCAACUGACACGGAAUGAACCUUCUUCAUUUUUUAGCCCUGCAAUGCUGUCUGGCUUUGUUGGUCCUGUCUGCACCAUUACAAGACAGUCGACUCACCCUUGCUGAUCCGGAGUUUAAACUGGCAGUUGUACGCUCAAAUACUUUAGUAGAGAAGAUCCUUGAGGACAUACCUGUCGUGCACAAGAACACCAUUCACAGUACGGGUCUCAUCCUGGAUCCCUCCAGCCAGGGGCCCAUGCUGCAGAGGAUGGUAUUGACCCUGGGCAUCCCCACCCCCCCGGCUCUCAUGCCCCUGUCGGCUCAUUUUACUCUGGAGAACAGCUUAAGCCGCAUGUCAGUGGGGAUCAAGCUACACCAGGACCUGCUGGGAGCUCUGGCUGCCCGGCUAGAGGGGCUGGACGACCUCAGAGCCGACCUACGAGACCUCCUCACUCAGAUCAACAAGAUGCAAGAGCUUGGCAGGUGGAGUAGCGACGAGCCGUACCAGAGUCCCGACAUCGCCGCUCAUCUCCACGGUGACUAUGAGUUGCAGGUGGCCACUCACCUCACCUUGACCCAGCUGCGGGCCUUCUGCCAGGACAUCGUUCGCAGCAUGAGAAACAUCAGCGUCUACAGACCACAAGAACAAAGAUGAUCGGAUAUUACUAAACCUCUUCAACCAUUCACUCUCUCUCAUGCUCUAUACUAACUCAUCCUUCCAUUUCCCUCCCUGUCCUUUCCCCACAAUGCUGUUUAUUUAUUUAUUCAAUCUUUUUUAUUAUUAACAUGUGCUUGUCAUAGACACAUGACAACAAAGAUAAUAUAUAUUUCUUAUUUAUGAAUAGUAUUUAUUAUGUAUUUAUCUGUAUUUUGCUUGUUAUUUUAAUACUUUUUGUAUUUAUUUGUUUAUGAGGCUUUGUGAUUGAACUCUCCCAACAGUUUUUUGCACAACUGUAUUUUCUAUGCUGUUUGAUGCUGUGUAUGUUGUGUAGGCUUAUUUAUGGGAUAUAACGUAGGUAGAGCUGGAAAGAAAUCCGCGUCACAAGCUUGAUUAUUUGGAGAAACUUGAAGCACAGCAUUUGUCCUGGUUGAAUCAAACACAAGAAGCACAGUGUUUUGAGAUUGAGCAAUCUCACUGAUGAGUUCCUCGCUGCGCCAUUGCUUCACUGUGAGACAUGUUUAUGACAGAUGAGUAUCCACGUGGUUUGGAAAAAUCUCUAAAGUAAACUCUCAUCUCAUUUUCGUCCGCUGAUCCGGGGUCGGGUCGCGGGGGGAGCAGCUCAAGCAGGGGGCCCCAGACUUUUUUAACAGUUUUUUUACCGAGAUUACCAAGCUUAUUUUCCUGACUUUUCCCCCUCAAUGCUUAUUCUUGCUUGCCUGUUGGAGUCAAUUAUUGACCUGUGGGAAAUGAGAAAUGAGGAAACAGCUUUGCAGAAAGUUAUAAAAGUGCAUUUAUUAUAAAUGAAUUAUUUGGGCCUUUUGGCUCUGUAUUCAGAAUGGUGCUUGUGUUUUAGGUGUAUCAUCUUUUAGAGCUUCCUGGCUUUGAUUUUUAUUAACAUUUAGCUGUAAACCCUAUGGGUAAAUUUGUUCUCUUUUGAGACGUUGCAUAAUGUAGAGGAAACUAUUCUGUCAUAUUUAUUUUUGUGUCGUAGGCUCAACAAUGACAUUUUUUUAUCUUGUUUUCAAUAACUUAAUUUUAUGGGCAGUUUUACAUUAUUUACAAUAUUAAAAUUGAGGUACAUUAAA